AUGGACAACGAGGCACAGGAAGGGGAUGAACGUGAGCGAGGGCCUAAGGACGGCAAGAAACCGGGCAAAGACGGCAAGAAGAACACAUCGAUCCCCAAGAUGUGGCAGCUCGGCAAAGACUACCAAAUCUACGACCCUUCCGAUAGCGUGGCCUUCCUCAAGAAGACCAUCAGCAUGACUACGGGCAGGGCGAUGCCCUUCGCAUGGCAGUUAGCGCUCGUGGCCAACGACGCACUGAACGUUGAGUCGAAACACCUCGGCGUGGACGGGAUGUUUUUCGUGUCCUACGGGGCCUUCUACCCCAAGGGAGACAGUGCCGAUCGCAUGCCUGAGUCGAAGCAAUACAUAUUCGGGCCUCAGCUGUUCUUCGCUCGAUUCCCCCAAUUGGGUUCCGAGAGAGAGCUGUGGAAGAACAAGUCGCCUGAAGACAAGAUCCACCUCAGCAGCCUGUAUUGGCUUCAUCAACGACUGUCCAAUCAACAUCCCGUCCUCCCAAUCUGGUGCACCCGAAGCAAAUACUCUGCCGACAUCGAGACACGCAUCUCCCCGUUCCCCAACGCAGCUUCCUUUGGAGAGAACCUCUCCUCAAAGCCCCAGACUCGAGAUACUACGACCGAUGCGACAGGACGGACGAAAGGGCUUUACGUGGACCUAAUUCAGGACCAACUCCUUUGUGCUUCUGCUCAGGACUAUCGCGAGCGGUGUUCGGACGGCCCUCGUGGCUAUCUAGUACCCUCAAGUGUCCAGACAGACCAGGAAUGGAGGGACCAGCAGCUCCUGGACCAGCAGAAUCCGAUUGCUGCCUUCAUCCGUGCGGUCGGCAAGGCGUACAACGACACUCCCGACGACCUAAUAACCUACCAACACGCUCGCCAGUGGGCUCCUGUUGCGGAAAUGCUCUACGUCAAGGACGCCGCGAAGAUUGUCAUCACUGCUGAAAAUCAUGAGAAGAUGACCGCCGACUGA